UCAAAGCCGCAGCCUUGCAACCGCGACCAGCAGCGUUAAUCGACGUUGGAGUGGUGCGUGCUACACCUCGCAUCAUCUACAGAGUCAUCUGACCAAGACAGGAAAAUACUUAGCAGCAAGCAGCCAGAGAGACGGGAGAGAGAGAGAGACGGGAGAGCGCAGCACGCUCGUGGAUCAACCACCUCUCGAAUCUUUUAUUUGUGACAAUAGAUAACAGAAACAACCAUGGCCGGAAAAGAGCCGAGUCCAAAGGUGUCCAAGCGAAAGGGGGGAGCCAAGGCCAGGAAGGCCGCGAAAGCGGCGGAAGCGGCGCUAGCGGCGGGGGUGGAGGGGAUCACUCUCAAGGAGAAGGGGGGGGCGGGGGUGGAUGGGGACGACGGGCCCCAGGCGCGUAACGCCUCCGGCAUUCUCGCCAGCGAAGCGCGGGCGCGGGAUAUCAAGAUCCAGUCGUUCUCGCUCAGCUUCCAUUCCAAGAUCCUGGUGGAGGACUCGACGAUCGAAAUGAACUACGGCCGAAGAUAUGGCCUCAUCGGGCAGAACGGUUGCGGGAAGUCAACGUUUUUGCAGUGCCUGGCAGCGAGGGAGGUGCCCAUCCCCGAGCACAUGGACAUCUACCUCCUUGCCGAGGAGGCACCCCCGACAGAGCUGUCGGCGCUCAACUGGGUCCUCGACGCGGCGCACGCGGAGAUCGCUCGAUUGGAGGCUCUCGCGGAAGCGAUCAUCGAGAAGGAAGGGGCGGAGUCGGAGACGGUGCUCGACGUUUACGAAUCGCUCGACGCGUUGGAUCCCUCCACGUUCGAGAGCAGAGCGUCCAGGAUCCUCAUUGGUCUAGGGUUCGAUGCCAAGACUAUCCACAAAAAGACGGAGGACAUGAGCGGAGGAUGGCGCAUGCGCGUGGCGCUGAGCCGCGCGCUGUUCAUCCAGCCGACAAUGCUGCUGCUGGACGAGCCGACGAACCACCUUGACCUCGAGGCGUGCGUGUGGCUGGAGGAGUACCUCUCAAGUUACUCCAAGAUCCUGGUGGUUGUGUCUCACUCUCAGGAUUUCCUCAACGGGGUGUGCACCAACAUCAUCGUGAUGCAGCAGAGGCAGAUGAAGUACUGGGGGGGCAACUACGACACCUACCAGAGGACGAGGGAGGAACAGGACGUUAACCAGGUGAAGCUGUACAAGAAGCAGCAGGCCGAGAUCCAGCACACGAAGCAGUUCAUCGCUUCUUGCGGUACCUUCUCGAACCUGGUCCGGCAGGCCAAGUCGCGUCAGAAGCAGUUGGACAAGAUGGAAGAGGCCGGUCUGCUGACCAUGCCUUACAGCGAGCCAAUGUUCCAGUUCAAGUUCCCAGAGUGCGGAAAGCUGCAGCCCCCGGUCAUCAGCUUCAAUGACGUGGCGUUCUCUUACUCCGGCAAGAAGGAGGACUACCUGUUCUCGGGUCUCCACUUCGGUAUCGAUUCUGACUCGCGUAUCGCACUCGUCGGUCCCAACGGAGCGGGAAAGUCCACGCUUCUCAAGCUCAUGGUGGGGCAGUUGCAGCCGGUGGAGGGCAACGUGUCGCGCCGAUCGGGGCUUAGCAUCGGGCGAUACCACCAGCACUCAGCCGAGGUGCUGGACCUCGCCAAGUCUCCGGUCGACUACUUGAAGGACAAGUUCUGCGACAAGUUCCCGGACCUGAAGUUCGAGCAAUGGAGGAGCAAGGUCGGCUCGUUCGGCGUAACCGGCGACGCACAGCUCAACCCCAUCGAGAACCUCAGUGACGGCUUGCGAACGCGUCUGGUUUUCGCCGAGAUCGCGUUGAUGAGGCCGCACAUCCUGCUGCUCGACGAGCCCACCAACCACGCGUCGAUGGAGAUGAUCGACUCUAUGGCACGCGCCAUCAAGCAGUUCCAGGGAGGUGUCAUCGUCAUCAGUCACGACUUCCGCCUGUUGCAGCAGGUGGCGGAGGAGAUCUGGGUUGUGGACGAGGGAAGGGUGGCCCCAUGGGGAGGAGACAUCCUCAGUUACAAGGCCUCUCUCAAGAAGAAGAAGAAGACGUUGGCCUAGACGGGCCGAAGAGGCGGCGCAGGCAUACAGACAAGACUUGAAAUGGCCGGUAGGGGUGUACGUCGUCAGCCUACGGGCUGCUCGUCUCGAAGGCAGUCUGUGGUAUGCUCUUUUCGGCUGUGAGAGGGGUGUAUGUUUGCCUACGGGCUGCACAUGUCGUAAGCAGUUGGUGGUAUGCCUUUUCCGGCUGUGGUAGGUGUCUUGAGACAGAGCUCUUGUCACACAACGGUGCUUGUGGUGCUGACGUAGAUCUGGGUCUAGACCUAAGUGCUUCCAGUGUAGGGUGUCUUUUCCAUGACGAGGGAACUGCUGCUGUGUGGUGACUUUUCUGUUGUGAUGCCGCUGUACAAACCUGCUGGGUUCGAGUUACUCCUUACGUCAACGUUGUGCUCUGUCGCAAUUGCUGCUGCUUCUGCAGGCCAGGUAGUAAAAAAAAAAAACAGAAAGCGAGCUGACGUACCGGUUCAUGGUUGUGUUGCCAGUGGGAUUUCAUUUUUGACGGUUCGUGGGGGAGAACGGCUCCCUCAAAUCGGAAGCGCCCUUCCUCGUCUUACUUCGCGGUCAGUCGGUAGGGCCUUUCCGUCCGGAAUCGCUGAGAAGUUGAAGCGAUCUAGAGCUGCCUCUCUUAUAAACCGUCUUGCCGUGACAUGCGAUCUAUCUGUGUGUGUUGUCUGCGCGAGCUUUAGUUGCCGCCGCCGUCGUCGUAAUUUUGCAUGUUUUCUCGUGCUGCACGGUACACGGUUCACCGCGUCACUUUUCAAUUUUUGUUAUUUUGUGUGUCAGUCGUGUCUUGCUAGUGCGCACUGCGGUUUGAGGUUGGCCCUCUUCCUUGCGGUUGGUUAGGUUCAAUCGAAUCUGAAAACUUGCUUCAUUUUGGCCCAGUCGUGCGAAAGUAAUGGAUCUGACGUGCUUGAUAUUCCCCCCGUUGUUUCCUAGAAGGAAAACACCGCCGGGUGUUGUCAGGUUGAACAGCAUGGGUCGUGUUGAAGCAGGCGUGUUCGACACAGCAGGCGGUCUAUCGUUGAUAUCAGCCCGCCGUUUGCACGGUGUAGCACGCAUGCAUGCUGUUGUCAAUUGUUGCCGUGGUCUACAAGCGCCACCUUUCGCUGUGUGGUCGGUUGCCUCUCGUGUGCAUGGUCCCUUGCGCGCUUGCUAACAGCAGCAGCAGGCAUUGUCGCAGCAUGGUGCACCUAUCUGUACUUGGUUUUGUUAUCUUAAUGGUGUGGUGGUGCUGCAAGUCAUGACAAGAAGCGACAACAUGUCGAUGCUUUGUUUUUUUUUUGUGGGGGAACACUUUGGUGUUUAGGUCUCCACUUGCUACACUCAUCCAUAUGGUCGUCGUCGACAUCACCUAUCUGUUUGUGCCUUCUUGCGUUCUGUUUGGAGAGAUUGGGAUGGGGUCAAGGUGGGAUUAGUGUCCACGUUUUUGGCUGACAUGAAGGUCAAGAGGGGAGGGGAGGGAUGGGGGGGAUAAUAUAAACACAUGAUGUGAGAAAAAAAAAAGCUAUCGGCCGCCAGCUGUGAACGGCGACAGCGUUUGUCUCUCCCGCCGCCGCCGCCGCCGCUGCUGAUGCGGGCGACCCAGCCGAAACAACAGCAGCCACAUGGCAUGUUCAUGAACCCGGCUGAGUCUCACUGAAGGACUGCUGUUACUAGGCUUGUGGACGGCCGUCCGAGGGCCUGGUCUCGUUGGACGAUCCUUAUUCUCCCUUCUUCAUGUAUAUAUAAGCCACAACCACCUGAUGG